UAUGUCUAGUACUUGUAAGUGUUUGACUAUUUCUUUUUUUGCGUCAUGCCUAACACUUCUUAGCUGUUAUAUUAUCACUGUAAAAAACCACGACUGCUUUAUUAAUCAAACUCAAAUAUUUUUUGUGUAAUUAAGCCUAACCCAAAAGCAUUAGGUUGUGCCCCACUCUCCCCCUACAGCCAACAGUAGGAAGCACUUAAUCCAGGAUUAAGCUCAUCGGACAUAAUUUGUUUGGACAUUGUGUUCAUUGUUGUUCCUCACCUGACUGGAUGUCUGUACAGGGCUGAUGGUCAAAACUGGAUUCUGGUCUUCUGAAGUCUGAUUCUGCUGUGUUGCAAUAUGAUACAUAUUUUGUUUUAUUGAAAAUGUAUUGCAAUGUUUUAGGGGGAUAAAUAAUCAUUUUAAUAAUCAUUUUCAAGCAAUACUUUGUAACACUUAUGACUAAGAACAGAUGUAUAACCUACAACACAUUAGAGAGUAAUUUGUAAUAAAAUUAUUCAUACCUGCAAAGUAUCGCUCAUGUGCUUGAUACGCAUGUCAAAAAAAGCUGGGUCUUGCUAAAAGGCAAAUAAAAAUAACAUGGUAACUAAAGUAAUACCCAAGACAUACAACGGAAAUUAUUUACCAUAAAUUCCAAAGAGAAAAAACUAAAUUUUGACAACCAUGGAGUGAUUGAAGUUUAAAUGUUAAAAAGCUUAUUGUGGCAAUAGGGAAUUCAACUGAUGAUUUUUUUUAAAGACAAAAUAGUCUGGCUUUUAGUAAUGCUAAUUUAGAAUAAAACUCUUUUGUAAUCUAAUCCUGCAGCCCUGAGUUUGUUCAACUACCAUCAAGGUACAGGCCCGUGGUCUUUAAUCCUUACCUGUAACAUAUCAACGACAGCAUUUUGAGGUCCACGGACUCCAACAUGGUGGGUUCGUCUGCAAAGCAUAAAUCAAGAGUUAUAUAACAAAAAUGUUUGUAAUAAUUGACACUAAAAUAAAAAAAAAAUCGAAAACUAAUACAAUUAAAUUAACUUAAAUUAAUAAGGGGUGAUUUUCCCAAAUUCCUGAUCUGAUGACAUCGACCAUGCAAUUAGCAUACAGAGGAAAAAAACGUAGCUUUAGCCUAACACUGUUCAAAUUACUCAAACUGAUGGUGUUAAUAUUACUUUGCAAUAUGAUUCCAUCUCAAAAAUUCUGUAGAUUUCAAAUUAACAUUUUUUUUGGCUAUUGCCAUUUGCCACAGACCCAUCAAGUCCUUCUGCUAUCCGCAUUGAGUAAUAAUAUUGAUACAAUUUAACAUUACAUACCUUCUCCAGCGAUGCUGUGUUGUUCGUGGAAUGUCUUUGUUCUCCAAGAGAUACUUCUUGUACUUCAUCUCAUAUCACGUAGCAAAAGGUGAACGGGCGCGAACCGACAUAUAUGAUCUUUGGAAACUCAAAAUGUUCAAAUUCAUCGAGCAAUCAGGACAGAACAACUAGCGCUGAAGCAUUGCGAGAAUCAAAGUACCGCGAUUGCAGACUGAAUCUCGUGAUACUUUAGACUGUAGCCUAUCUUUAGGCGCGCCAAAAUUCAAACAGUCAAAAGACCGCCAAAUACCGGUACGCUCAUUCAGUAUAGAUAGACCAACGGAUCAAGAAUGUUCGCCCUUGUUGAGUGGAAAGAUGAGACUGAAAAGGAAAGCUGGAGCAUUGUUCCAACGUCACAUAUAAAAAAUUUCACUUGUAAUGAUUUUUUAGACGGACUUGAUGAAAGUUCUGUUCAUAUAAUUGAGUGGAGAGGUGGACUGAAAAAAAAACCUAAAGGCGGAUGGCCUUUGUACGAGGCAACGGUGCACAAAGUUGCAGAGAGACAGUCCACCCUAGAAAAACUACAACACGAGAGGACACAACACCAGUCCAGUUCAAAACCUCUUACCAAACGAAAAUGCAAGACAAAUCCUAAGUUUGUUGAAGAGGAGACCAGUGAUCAUGGACCAUCUAGCCCUAAAAAGCGGCAAACUGAUGGAAAUUUGGACAGGGAGAUUUUGGAAAAAAUUAAAUUACACCAUGGACCUCGAUUAUCUUCUGCCACAAAUUCAGUUGCUUCACCUACCUCACCAUCUUCUGCCUUGCCGCAUUCUCCACCACCGGUUUCUAACUGUCCACCAGCAUCACCCUCAGCUCCACCUGCCUCAUCAUCACCUGGUUCACUUUCACUUACCUCACCUUCUCCUGAUCCUCGAUCCAUCGUUGCACAAUUAAAGGCAGAGAAUGAAGCCCUCAAAAUUGAAUUAGAAAACAUUAAAACAAAUGUUGUCAGUCAAAUGCCAAAACUUCUUAUGACGAUGGGCAAGCUGGAAAAAUGGCUUGACGAGAAAGAGCAGACCCCACAGGAACUGCUAUCACCUUCCAGCAUACAGGAAACUCUUGAAAUUCACCCGGGCUCAGGAGUUUAUGUUCCCAAAAACGUGUUGUGGUCAGCUAGCCAUGCAAACACCCCCACUACUAUGGCACGGAUGCUCUUACUGGGAGUGUUUGAUAUCGAAACCCUUUUAAAGAGCAAUCUUAGAGGUGGCAAGUCCAAAAAUGUGAGCCCUGGGGAAACCAAAGAGCCAUUGGACAGGAUAAAGAUUGAUGCAAUAAUGAGUAUGUAUAUUACUUGGUUAAUUGGGCCUGAAUUGUGUAAAACCAAAUGUGACCGUCAAACCAUCAGAAUUGAUCAGUUUCAGUGUGAUGACACUUGCACUGGGUUCUCAAUAAUUCUUAAAUUUCAGUAACACAAGUUUAUCUACCAACAAUUUAAGUUAAUUUAGUGUUUUAGGUUAUUAUAAUUUGGCUGUUCUUAGAUAAAUGUUAUAAAACUAAAUG